GACAUUUGACGUUCUCCAGUGUUCCCAACAAUAGGACGAAAAACAACUAGGGAAGUUUUAGAAAAAAAGAAGAAUAUAUUUUUAAAAAACAUUUAUAGGUUAUGUGAUUUGAUAUUUUGUAGGCGUAAUUGACUUAAUUAUAAAUUCUUUAAUAUAUUUCGGUGGUUAAAUAAAAUGGCAGAGGCAGAUUCGAUACAGGAAGGAUUCUUGUGCCCAAUUUGUCACAAAGAUCUACGUUCUGCCAACAAUUUAAUAUCCCAUUUUCAAGACUUGCAUUCCGAAGAAAAAGAUCUCCUUAGUUCAAUUAAAGGUAUUUAUGGGAAAGUCAAGAAAAAAAUACUGACCGUCGAGGACCAAGAUCUGGAGCACUUUAAAAAUGAAAUAUCCCUGCAAAAAGAGAAGUAUUACUUAGAAUACAGCGAACCUCAGGAUCCCGGACCGGCCGUGUCGCAUACGGAAUAUUUCAAAUCCGUCAGAAGAGAUAGACUGGAUCACAGAACAGCAGAAACCAACAAAUUAAUAAUCAGACUCGACCGGCUAUUAAGAGUUUUCGCAUCCGAUAGAAAACAACAAGAACAAGAACUGGUCGCUUGGUUGGACGGUUCAACGGUUUCCAGAUGUCCCUCAUGCGCUUCUUCUUUUAACAUAACGCGAAGGCAACACCAUUGUCGAUUGUGCGGCUCUAUUAUGUGUAACUCGUGUUCCUAUUUUCUACCGUACGAAAUAGCACAGACAAUUGUAACGCCUCUAAACAGCGGGUCUAGUAAAGAGCAAUCGGGUAAAGAAUCCGAGACUUUAAGGAUAUGUUACCACUGUCUGGAUAUGCUAGAAAGCCGGAGACGUGUUCAAAUAGAUCAAGUUUUACAACCGAUAAUCUGCCAAUUAUACACCCAUUUACAGAAAAUGAAAAUACAAGUACAAGGAUCCGUAGACAUGUAUUAUAAGAUAUACAAUUCUUUAAAAUCCGGAGAGUCUACAUACAUCCUUCAAGACCUCCAAUCUCUCAGAAACACAAUUGCGGAUAAAGCUCAGAUGAUCGAUACACUCAGCAAAAAAAUAGAUUCUCUACCAGUAGAUCCAGAGACACCGAAAUCAGCGGUCCUACAAACGGGGAUUAGAAAAGCUACAUCCAGUUACAUCAAAGAAGAACUGAUUACGCUCCCUCCACCUCCUACGCCCGAAGAAUUGGAGAAAACCAAAAGAGAACGCCUGGCAAAAGUGAAAGUUGACGACAUUCCAGUUAGCAGUACUAGCAUAAAGAAAGUGACGGUAACCACCGGUUGGUCCCCUGCGAACGUUGCCAAUGAAUCCACGGUUUCCGAAGAAGCGGAUCCCCUUCUUGAGCAAAUGAACAUUGUAAGGAGUUACAUCAAACAAGCCAGGGAGGCUCAGAGGUUCGAUGAAGUGAAAUCGUUGCACGAAAAUCUAAACAUGUUGAAAGAUAUGUAUAAAAAACAGUUGGGUAAAGAGAAACAUUGAUCGAGAGAAACUAUUAAUUUUAUUUAUUCGUAAUUGUUUGAUGUUUUAGAGUAUUUUAUUUAUUGGCUGUAAUAUAAGGAUAAAUGUUGCACUGCUGUUUUGUAGUGAA